AGGCUGCGGCCAAGAAAAAGAAAAGUGUCGGAGCGGGUUCGGCAUAGAGUGUGGCGAAGGGUACUUUUCAUGGUGCAUGGAAGGAAAGCCAAUGCGCAGGUGUACCAACAUUCGACCAGGAGAGACUGGAAUGGAUGUAACAAGCCGCUGCACCCUUGGAGACCCCAACAAACUGCCAGAAGGGGUUCCCCAACCUGCCCGCAUGCCCUAUAUCUCAGACAAGCACCCUCGACAAACCUUGGAAGUGAUUAACCUCCUGAGAAAGCACCGGGAGCUGUGCGAUGUGGUGCUGGUUGUGGGCGCUAAGAAGAUAUAUGCCCAUCGAGUCAUUCUGUCGGCCUGUAGCCCCUACUUCCGAGCUAUGUUUACAGGAGAGUUGGCAGAGAGCCGGCAGACAGAAGUAGUGAUCCGAGACAUAGAUGAGAGGGCUAUGGAGCUGCUCAUUGACUUUGCGUAUACCUCCCAGAUAACCGUGGAAGAGGGCAACGUUCAGACCCUUCUGCCAGCUGCUUGCCUCCUCCAGCUGGCAGAAAUACAGGAAGCCUGCUGUGAAUUCUUAAAGAGGCAAUUAGAUCCGUCUAACUGCCUUGGUAUUCGGGCUUUUGCUGACACACAUUCAUGUCGUGAGUUGCUAAGGAUAGCAGACAAGUUCACUCAACAUAAUUUUCAAGAGGUGAUGGAAAGUGAAGAGUUCAUGUUGCUUCCAGCCAAUCAGCUCAUUGAUAUAAUAUCUAGUGAUGAGCUAAAUGUUCGCAGUGAAGAGCAGGUGUUCAAUGCAGUGAUGGCCUGGGUCAAAUACAGCAUCCAAGAAAGACGUCCUCAGUUACCCCAGGUGCUACAGCACGUUCGUCUGCCUCUGCUUAGUCCCAAGUUCUUGGUGGGCACCGUGGGCUCUGACCCCCUCAUCAAGAGUGAUGAAGAAUGCAGAGACUUGGUAGAUGAGGCUAAAAACUAUCUCCUAUUGCCCCAAGAACGACCUCUAAUGCAAGGACCAAGGACAAGACCACGGAAGCCUAUCCGCUGUGGAGAAGUCCUUUUUGCAGUUGGUGGUUGGUGCAGUGGAGAUGCCAUUUCCAGUGUAGAACGAUAUGACCCACAGACCAACGAAUGGCGAAUGGUAGCUUCAAUGAGCAAAAGGCGAUGUGGAGUUGGGGUCAGUGUGCUUGAUGACCUGUUAUAUGCAGUAGGAGGCCAUGAUGGAUCCUCUUAUCUCAAUAGUGUUGAGAGGUAUGACCCUAAGACAAACCAGUGGAGCAGCGACGUGGCCCCCACGAGCACCUGCAGGACCAGUGUCGGUGUGGCGGUGCUUGGGGGCUUUCUCUACGCUGUUGGUGGCCAGGAUGGCGUGUCUUGCCUCAACAUUGUUGAGAGGUAUGAUCCAAAGGAGAACAAGUGGACCCGAGUGGCGUCUAUGAGCACCCGAAGGCUAGGCGUGGCCGUCGCCGUGUUAGGCGGCUUCUUAUAUGCUGUGGGCGGCUCUGACGGGACAUCGCCACUCAACACAGUGGAGCGCUACAGCCCUCAGGAAAACAGGUGGCACGCCAUCGCGCCCAUGGGCACCCGGAGGAAACACCUGGGCUGCGCCGUGUACCAGGACAUGAUCUAUGCCGUGGGCGGCAGGGACGACACUACAGAGCUCAGCAGUGCGGAGAGAUACAACCCCAGAACCAACCAGUGGUCCCCGGUGGUGGCGAUGACGUCCCGCCGCAGUGGAGUUGGCCUGGCAGUGGUGAAUGGACAGCUUAUGGCUGUAGGAGGUUUUGAUGGCACAACAUACUUGAAGACCAUUGAAGUUUUUGAUCCUGAUGCCAAUACAUGGAGGUUAUAUGGUGGGAUGAAUUACCGGCGGCUGGGGGGUGGGGUAGGAGUUAUUAAAAUGACACAUUGUGAAUCCCAUAUAUGGUGACCAUCUAGAAGACAUCUGUGUGUAUGCCCCUCUGUAUUCUGGAGUGCUUCAACUCUGGAGCUUUCUACAGUUCAAGAAAACCCUAGAACAAAUGUUAUUCUUUGCCGGUGCCUCAACAUCUGGAAAUACAAACACAACGAAAGUACUUUACCUGUAGGAUGCCAUCUUUGCACAAUAAUUUCCAGUUCUGUGCAGAAGAAUAUUUAUUUUUGGUUUUAAUUUAUCAUGUUAUUUUUUUAGCUUUCCUCCCAGCCAAAAUUAAAAAGAAAAAAUUCCAAGCAGUAAAACUUUAUUUUAUUUUUAAGAUACUAAGCUUGAAAAUGCUAAUAAGGGGAGAAGGGCUAUAUAUGAUCUAGCUGUUAUUUCUAGGCACUCCAUCCACAUGACACCACUCCUUACAAGGACUACCAGUGACAAAGAUCAGUAUGCAAAGCAUAUAAGUUAGCCAUCCUUCUUGCACUAAGCAUCAGAAGACUUGAAAAUCUUUUUUAAAAGGAAGCAUCUCAUUUUAAAGAAUACAACUCAAAGUAUUAAAUCAGUAAAACCAGGACUCUAAAAGUUUUCAUCAGUGAAACUUUCUAUCUCGUUUUCUUCCAUGUGAACUUGUUUUCUGCUAUAUUUAAAGUCUUUCUUUCACAGUCUUUUCAUAGAGCUUCUGCUAGAUCUAGAGCCCUGCUUGAGUGCCUCUCCAGAAACAGGAUGUGAUUCUCAUGUACUGUCUUGAGAAUCCCCCAGUGGAAUCAUGCAACUCUGCGCGUUUGUACUCAAAAACAUUACUGACUGAGUGAAGCAACCUCCCAUUUUCGUAUUGCUACCAAGGACCAGCAGGGAGAAAUGUCCUCUCCCCAGCAGUGAAUUCUGUUAUGCAAUUUACACUUGAUGCUCAGGCCUGCUGAAACUGAGGCUGACCUGUAACCACAGCCUCCAAGGAAUGAAUUCUUCAGUUCAUGUGCUAGUACAUGGGAAUGGGUGUGAAGCCAACUGAAGCAUUUUAUUAACAUCCUGGUUCUUUUCUACGACCAUAUCUCAUUAUCCUCAUUCUAUACAGCCACUAUUACUACUUCGCUCACAUUGCACUUUUUGGAGAAAAGUUAAAAAGUUAUAAGGAGAAAAUGAUUAAAAUUUUUGUCACUGUGUUCACAGACUUUUUGCAGAAAAAUCUUUAAGACUUUAUCCACAACAAAAGGAAUAACCUUCUCCUUUACCCCCCACCCCCACCCCCAAAAAAAUAUUUGGCAACUUUUGUGUUUACAUUUAAAAAUC